AUCGGUUUAAAGUUGUUGAGUCAUCAGACUGAGGCUGGACCUGAGAUCACGUCUGGGCGUCUCUGUGAGCAGAGUAAGAGGGCAUCUCUUUCCUGAGCUGGCGGUUUUGGCACAUUCAGCAGACCAACUGAAACAGACAGCUUCCAAUUUUGUUAAAACCCUGAAAGUGAGACCAUGGGUAAUACCAUGCCACUCCCACCUGAUAUUUUACUCGGAAUUCUAAGUCCUCCUAAGCAGGAUUAUGAGAUGUUUAGGAAAAGUGUCAAAGAAGGUCCAAAUCUUAAAGUUAACAAGAGUAUUGUGAUGUUCAGCAGUCUGACUUCUACAGAAAGUCUGAAACAACACUAUGAAAAGAGGCGAAUGGAGGCCGGAGAUUGUGCUGCGGACUGGAUUAAGAGCCUGGCUGAAAAGCUCGCUGCCUUCACAUCAGCUCCUGAACUGGCAGGGCUUGGAGCUCUGUCUGUCGCUGUCCUCAUCGACAUCAUUUCAUCCAGUUCACCUGAGGAGAGCGUCAAAGAGGCUCUGCGUUCUGUGUUUGCUGAGGAGAAGGCCUCUGAGGUCUGGAAUCUGAUCGACGAGUGUCUGAAAAGAUACAGGAUGCACAUCAAUGACAAAAAAGAGCUGGUUAGGGACAUCAGACGUAUCGAGGGCCAGCUGAGCCAGGCUCUCACCAAUCUGAAGAACUCCAUAGUGAGAGAUGGACAUGUGUCCCAUCAAGUCCUGAAGGUCUGGGUGAACGGGGCAGCCUUCCACAUCCAGGUACUGAUUCACCUGGUGAGACUCGAAGAGACUCAAAACUGCGACUCCAUAAAGAGUCUCAUCAAGGAUUACAGUGAAGACGUGGACGCAGUGUUUGAAAAGCACAAAGAAAUGAUAAAAGAGAAGUUUUAUACUUGUCGUAUUCAACCAAAACCGCAAAACUAUCAAAUGCUGGUGGAUGAUGAGGGUGAAAAGUACGUGAUUGUAUGUGGGUGCUCUGACAGAUGUUUUGAAGUGUAUUAUGAUGAGAAGUACUACAAGCAGAAACGUGAGAUUAAGAAACAUUUCAGUGAUGUGGAAAAGAACCUCCCGGAGCUGAUUCGUCAAUCAGGAUCUCUAGAUUUGAGGGAGGGGGAGACAGAUGAAUCUGAAGAGAUGCCAAAAUAGGAUUGGUAUUUAGGUGCUGCUGUUAGUAGAUUUAUUAUCAGCCCAUAUUUACCAGGAAGUCUUCUUACAAAAUUUGCUCAGAUUUGUUAGCUGUGCAAAACAGAUAUAACAGUCCUAAAUCAUGCUUGCCUGACUAGGACAGCACUUAAGGCUAUAUUUUGUUCACUAAUGUUCUGAAGUCAAAGCAGUGUUACAGUGAAUUUAAACAUUUCAGUUUUUGCAGAAUGAAAGACUUUGUUCGUUGGGUGACAAUAAGAGAGAAGUGAGUUGAAUUAGAAUCAAUUAAGAAUCAUUUCAAAUAACUUCUAGGUCAGUAGUAUAUUUUUGUUUCCUGAUAUAAAUCAAGUUUUUCAUUAUUAAAAUAACACAUCUAAAGAUCCCUUGUUUGCCAAAGUUGUGCAUUCUUGGUAUUUACCCAAUAGGCUUUUCUCCUGUUGAGGCCCAGCGCGCAUUAAUAGAGUUAUGUCUCUUACAAGCUAAAAGGGCAAUUGCUAUAGAAUGAAAAAAUGUAAGUAAACCAAGAAUGAAUCAAUAUAUUAAGGACAGAAUCCCACACAUUUAUCAAAUUACACUAUCUGUAUCAUCCUAACCUUUGCUGAAUGUAUGUCUGUUACACUCAUGUUCCUACGUUUGUAUGUAUACGCCUUUAUAUGUUAUGGAGAUGCAUGUAUAGAUCUACGUAUAUAUGUGAAUAUAUGUAUGUCUUUGUGUGUACAUAAGUGUGUAUUAAUUUAUAUUAUUUAAUUUUAUUAAUGUUGCAACUUGAAGGAAAUAAUGCAUUUGUCAGACUGUUCAUUAUUUCAUUAAUGCCUUGUUUGUCACAAUGAGAUAACUCCAAUAAAAAAAUAGUCAAGUCUUUUUUAUGUCUCCCUUUUCAACAAAUUCAGCAGGAAAAUUUAUAAAUAUUUUCAUGUUUUAAGUACUUUCUAUAGCAGGUAGCUGUUCCAAACCCAGACCACUAAACUUUAACUCAUGAAUGUAAUACGGAAAUGAUUAAGCAAAUGCAAACUACAUCACUGUAAUGGCAGUUUUAAGAUUUUACCUAUGUACAAAAUAUCCUGCAAUUUCAUACCUCUUUGGAUCUCUGACUAUCCAGAAGAA